GCAUCGAAAGCGUCAAUUCGGAAUGGUUGAAAUGUCAGUUUAAUCAUUACGGUCCGGGUUGGCAACAAAAGAAAUGUGUGAAUAAGGAGUGUGUAAUCAGUGGAAGUUUCUUUGCACUUCGAAAAUUUAUUAUCUAAACAACGCAUCUUUAGAUAAUAAGUUGUGGUCGUUGAUCCAUAUAAUAAAAUGGAUUCUGAAGAAGAAACUUACGAUGACGUUGAUUCUGGAAACGAAUCUAGUGGUGACGAUGUUGAUUUCCCUAUGGAGGUUGAAGUUACAGGACAUCGAGAAAAACAAACGGAUUCAGAUGAUUAUCCUUUCGAAGUUCUGAGUACAGAGGAGAUUGUCCAACACAUGGUGGACUCAAUUAAGGAUGUCAACUCCGUUGUUGAGAUACCAGCAACAACCACUCGAAUUUUAUUGAAUCACUUUCGCUGGGACAAAGAAAAGCUCAUGGAAAGAUUCUAUGAUGGAGAUCAAGAUCAACUAUUUAGUGAAGCAAGAGUGAUCAACCCAUUUAAGAAGCUCAAUAUCACCACAACAAAAAGCAAGCCAACAAAGAAAAUUGCUAAUGGCACAGAGGAGUGCGAAAUUUGCUUCAUGGUCUUACCGGCAUCUCACAUGACGGGAUUGGAAUGUGGCCAUAGAUUUUGCGUUCACUGUUGGUGUGAAUAUUUAACUACCAAAAUAAUGGAGGAAGGAGUGGGUCAAACCAUAGCUUGUGCUGCACAUGGAUGUGACAUUUUGGUUGAUGAUGCCAGUGUUAUGAGGUUGGUUCGUGAUUCGAAAGUGAGGCUCAAAUAUCAACAUUUGAUUACCAACAGCUUCGUUGAGUGCAAUAGACUACUGAGAUGGUGUCCUUCUCCAGACUGCAGCAACGCUAUAAAAGUGCAAUAUGUGGAGCCGCAUCGUGUAACGUGCAAGUGCAACCACACAUUCUGUUUUUCAUGCGGAGAAAAUUGGCAUGAUCCUGUAAAAUGUCAUCUCUUAAGAAAAUGGAUCAAAAAAUGUGAUGAUGAUUCUGAGACCAGUAACUGGAUUGCAGCAAACACAAAAGAGUGUCCAAGAUGCAAUGUAACUAUAGAGAAAGAUGGUGGAUGCAACCAUAUGGUAUGCAAAAAUCAAAACUGCAAAGCGGAUUUUUGCUGGGUUUGCUUGGGACCUUGGGAGCCUCAUGGUAGUUCUUGGUAUAACUGCAAUAGAUAUGACGAAGAUGAAGCAAAAGCGGCUCGAGAUGCCCAAGAGAGAUCCCGUUCAGCCCUGCAGCGUUAUCUGUUUUAUUGCAACAGAUAUAUGAAUCACAUGGCAUCGCUAAAAUUCGAGAACAAAUUGUAUGCGUCCGUAAAGGAAAAGAUGGAAGAAAUGCAACAACAUAAUAUGAGCUGGAUUGAAGUACAGUUCUUGAAACGCGCUGUUGACAUAUUAUGCCAGUGCAGACAAACACUUAUGUAUACAUAUGUGUUUGCUUAUUAUCUACAGAAAAAUAACCAAUCUGUGAUCUUUGAAGAUAACCAAAAAGACCUAGAGAGCGCCACGGAGACAUUGUCGGAGUACUUGGAGAGGGAUAUUACGUCUGAAAAUUUAGCAGAUAUCAAGCAGAAAGUUCAGGAUAAAUACAGAUACUGUGAUAGUAGAAGGAAAGUACUUCUGGAACACGUUCAUGAAGGGUAUGAGAAGGAGUGGUGGGAUUAUAACGAGUAAAGGCAACAGAUAACCGUUCCGUAAAGUAAUUGUAUUGUAGCUAAAGUCUAUAGAUUAUCAAAAGAGUUAGGCUUUUGCCGGUCACUGCUUGAUACUUGUGCGAUUUUCGGGCGUUUAUACAGUUGUGGAAAAUUGUUUGUUCUUGAGUUUUGGCAAGCAGGAGGGUUUGUAAGCUUUCGAUCGGAACACCUGAGGAUUCGAGACAUUCGUGCUUGCGUCAGGAAUAAAUUCACUUGUACGACACACCAAAAUCCCGUAAAACUCACAGUUUCAAUCAUUAGAUUCUUUGACCUAGUUACCUCAAGCCAACGGAUCCUAGUUUUGUUAAUGAAAAACACUCAAAUAAUGUUAAUCUCAAAGUCAUAAAUAAUGAAUUUAUUAAUCACAAUAAUUAUCAAUUUAUUAUAUAUAAUAAUUAAUUACAUUUGUUAUUUAAUUAUUAUGAUUUCCGUACCUCAAGAAUAAUAUAAUACUUAACCAAUAUUUAAUUGCAAUUUAUGGUCACUGAUAAUAAUAAUUUUUUCUUCUAAUUUUUACACUAAUUGCUUAGAAGCAAAAUUAGGGCCGUCUUGCGUGGUUUAACGCUAAUUUUUUGCUUAGGGAUACCUAAGAAAAUGUAAAAGUAAAUCACUGUUGUUUAGUAUUUAGAUCGUAUGAAGGUUUUAACGUUCACUAAUUGGUAUUUUCAACAGUGUAUAAUUGUGUCGAAAAGCUUAUCUGAUAGUGUUUAUCCCACAGAGAGAUUGAAAAGAAUCUCGGAACACAAUGCCAAAUGUAAAAAGUACGAAAUGUUCUUGUUAAGCGCAUAGAAGUUUAAAACCGCUUUAUGAAAAAUUUCAAAUGUUAUUUCAUAAACGUAUUUACGUGACAUUUUGCCAUUUAAAACAUUGAUAUUCAACUGUCGUAUUUUAUGUAAGUAAGCUAACUUUAGUUCCUAUAGAGAUCUACUUUGUAAAUUUUAUAUAGGUGGUUUUGAUUCAUCAAUAUGGAUAUUAUGAUCUGUUUAGAUAUUAGAGAACAUAAUUUAAAAAACUUAGCUGAGUGACAGAAGAGCAUGUACUUUAGAGGUUGCUGGUUAAUUCUUUUAUUGCUGGCAUAGUUUGUCGACUACUUCCGCAGUUAGAGAAGCAAGGUUGUGGUUUAUCAAGGUUUAAACCCAUUACUUGCAGUAAUUAUGGUAUAUUGUGUGUUAGCAUUUUCAUCCAUGUAAGAAUCUUUAUUCGAAAAAGAUGAGCAUUUGAAUUUGAUCUAUAAUAGUUGUUAUCUUGUAAAGCUUACGUGAAAAAUCACGUAUUUCAAAUGACCAACUAAUCAUUGUUUUUACCCUACCACUUUUAAAUAAUAUAGUUAAAAGUGGCUUAUUUAUUGUUUAAUCUCGGAACUCAGUAAUUUUCUAUACAUAAUAUUAAUAAAAUAGUAUAGUUCAUUAACAAAAAGAGAUACACCGUGGAACCUAAUUCGACUACUUGUAAUUAUAUCCAUGUAAAUGGUCUUGUUUUUAGCUAUUUAAAUAAAUAGAAGCGAAGAUAGUUUAUUUUCUAUUGUACUUGAUUGUUUUUCUUUUUUAGAAAAUUUUGCAAUAGCGCAACAUUACACUUUUUAGUUAAGUUGUAUUCAAGAGCAGUUUUCUAUUAUUUAAGCUGGGAUUACACUGUAAUGAAUCGGGAUUAUUUUAUUAUUUGUGCUAAACAUGCUCUGAUUGAAAAUUAAUUGUUUACAUUUAAUUAUAUUGUCAUUUCGGUUAUUGUGAAAAGUGUUAUAUAAAUAAGCCGAUUUAAUUCCAACAUUUUUGUUGAUUUUAUAUGAAGACCUUAUUGUAAUUAAAAUUAGCCGAAUUAAUUGUUUCUAUUGACGUAAAAAUCAUGAUAACCUUCCUGUGAAUAUUUAUUAGUUUCAUAUCGGUACUGAACGAAUUCUUGUUUGAAUGUGACUGUAUAUAAAUGAGUCUAUUGAUUAAUUUAAUGGUAUGUGAUGUACAGUAUUUUAUGUACAGUUGCGUGUGUUUUGUAUUUGCAAAAAAAUUACAUAAAAAUACAAAACCUAUUGUUUUUCAUAUAAAGAAUAGUUUAAAAUAGUUGAGAAAUUUGAUAAUUUAUUAUUAAGUUUUUCUGCAAAGUCUUAAAUGGUCUCGCAGAAAGUUUGUAAAUUUAUAUUAUUAUUUAAGCUUAUUCAAAUACCUAGAAGAAAAUGUAAAUAAUGCACUUUGAAAUCUAGUUUAUUACUGCUCUAGGUGAAUAAAGUCUUUAAACGUGUAAAUGUA